UAACGUCGCGGACGGGAAAGGUGGGAGGGGCCACUCCACCAACGCAGCCUUCCCAUAAGAACCUCCAAGGAGGCAAAAGAAGGUGCCACCGUGCGCCCCCCUGGUGGCCCCGAAAAGCUUGCACUGGAGACAGCACCGUUUUCGCUGCAAGAAACGGAAGACCUAGGAGAGGAAUCGAGGGGCGAGGUGGCAGAAGGGGGGAGGGCGCAGCGGUCUCCAGGGUUUCCUCCUGGCUGCAGUUCCGGCGGACACUCGGGGACAGAUAAGCACGGCCAGGGACGCAGCGGAGGUAGUGGAGGCGGGGUCGUAAGGCUGCUCCUCGGAUUCCUAUUCCCAACGCCCGAGGGCCGGCUGGGCCAUGUCCAGAAGCUCCGGCUCCCCGGUCCUGCCCCGCGCCCUGGGGUCUCGGAAGCCCGCGCCGCGGAGCCUUAGCUGCCUCUCGGACCUGUACGACAGCGCGGCCCCGGAGCUGCGGCCUUGCCGGCCCCCCGGGAGCCGGGGUCGCGCGCCGCCGCCGCCGUCUGCACCGCCAGGCUGCGACCCUAGCCUGCGCCCCAUCAUCCUGCGGCGAGCCCACUCGCUGCCCAGCUCACCCGAGCGCCGCCAGAAGGCCACGGGCGCCCCGGGCGCUGCGUGCCGGCCGGGCUGCAGCCGGCAGCACCGUGUGCGCUUCGCCGACGCACUGGGCCUGGAGCUGGCGCAGGUCAAGGUGUUCAACGCGGGCGACGACCCAUCGGUGCCACUGCACGUGCUGUCGCGGCUCGCCAUCAACUCGGACCUAUGCUGCAGCCGCCAGGACCUGGCGUUCACCCUGCAGUGCCUGGUGCCCGACUUCCUGCCACCCAUCGAGGCUGCUGACUUCGGCAAGCGCCUGGAGCGGCAGCUCGUGUGCCUGGAGCGCGUCACCUGCUCGGACCUGGGCAUCAGCGGCACGGUGCGCGUGCGCAACCUGGCCUUUGAGAAGCAGGUGGCGGUGCGCUACACCUUUUCCGACUGGCGCACCACGCACGAGGCGGUGGCCAGGUGGCGGGGAACCGCGGACUCCGAGGGCACCGAGGAUGUCUUCGCCUUUGGCUUCCCAGUGCCGCCCUUCCUGCUGGAGCUCGGCUCCCGCGUGCACUUCGCGCUGCGCUACCGUGUGGCCGGUGCCGAGUACUGGGACAACAACGAGGGCCGCGACUACAGCCUCACCUGCCGCAACCACGAGCUGAAUAUGCCCCGCGGGGAGUGCGAAGAGAGCUGGAUCCACUUCAUCUGAGACUCGCGCAGGGGCCCUGCCCGGCCGCACCCCGCCGCACCCCACCGCACUGCGCUCCCUUCCUAGCAGGGCUUUCGCGGAAGAAGUGGUUGCCCUCCCUCCACUCCAUCCCCAAACCUAAAUCUGACCUCACGUCCUGCUGCAAGGCCCCUGGCAGUGCCGUCCCAUCAUCUACUUGAAAAUCAGUGUCACUUGGUAAAAGUAGUCCCAAGUGGCCAGAAGGCGAGCAUGUUACCUGCUGGGGGAAGGUGCUGGGUGGGUGGAAGCAUGGGGGUGCUGGGCCCUCGGGACAGGGCUUGGCUGGUUUUCGGGGAAGGCCCGAGUUCUGCAUGCCUCCCGACUGCGUCUCUGUAACCGUCGGUGUUAUUUAUUAUUGUGAUGCUGGGACCUGUUACUCUUAGUGGAUGCCUUCUCGGGAACAUGCUGGGUUUAAUAAGCUUACAAAAAAAAGUCUUGUGUAUUUGUGCCCUGGUUUGACACCCAUCAUGGCCCCCUGAGGCAUUCCUGCCCUGGAACAAGGAAAACCUGAGACCAGGUGUCCUUGCCAAAGUCUGUGGACUUCUGGAAGUGGGAAACUAUUAAUAGGCAAGAAAUGUAUGCCCCAUCAGUCAUCACACAACGUCGCCAGGCUUCCCGCCACCCUGGUCUGGCUGUGUCUCCCCUGUCACAGCUGAGAAAGAGGGAAAUACUCAGAACGUUUAAAGGAGCCCAACAGCCCUUCUCCGCAGCUGGUCCCCACCUGGGGUACUUCUCUGGUACCUGUCUGGUCACGAUGCACCCGCAUGUUACCAGGCAACUGUUUAGGUCUGAAACUACUUAAACAUGAUAAGAAACUCUGCCUUAAGUUAUUACAUUUUUCAGGCAACUCUAGAAUUUCGGGAAACAAUGCCCUAUUCAGUUACCCUUUGGAUGAUUAAGAUGACUCUGUGUAUGUUUUCUUAAGCGUCGGAGGAUUCCAGUGGUCAUCAUUCAGAAGUCAAGGAAGGUUCCAAGUGGAACCAGAAAGUGUUUUCAGCAACAGCCAGAGCUCUGGAGGAAAAAUAAUUCACAGAUAUUUAUACUUUUUAAUUGUAUUUAUAUAUGCCCAGUUUUAUUAACUACCUGCCAACUUUAUUCUUUGUGCCUUCAGACCAGAGAGUUUCUAACGUUGUCUGGACUUGUUUUCCAGUUUUAAAAUGUUAAAUGCUUUUCUUUAAAAAUAAAACAAAACAACUCCAACCAAGAAGUCAAGGUCAUUGUCCUCUGCAGAGUGCCACAAUGACUUAAAACUCCCAGCAAGGAGCUGGUGAUUUCUUUUGGUGCUGAGUGAUGGUUUUUCUGACAGCAGGUGCUAGCUCUGAAGUGUGAAAACCCAGCCAAGGCCUCCAACUUGUGAAGUUUAAUUACAAUACAGUUGAAGCUGGCGUAGUCAGUUUUGUGAUGGCUGUCACCAAGGAGUUAACUCUAUAUUUUUAAAUGCUUGUUGACAUUUGUUAAGUCACUAUGUAAAGGGUGAGUUUUGCCUUUUAAACAAUGUUUUUCCAAUGGCAACUUUUGAAGAAAGAGGCUUUCUGAUCUAGAGGGAGGACGUUCUGAUUUAAAAACACUGAAUUUUGAUUUAAACUAUUGAGAUUAAUUUGAACAACCUUUGGCUAUUAGCACUGUUCACUACAUUGACAUGCAAGAGAGAAAGAAGCCUGGUUGCAUUUCCUGUUGUUUAACAAACUCCAAUUAGGUCAGCAAGCCUGUGAGGGCCCUGGCUGCUAUGCCCUUGGCCCUAACCCAGAGUACAAGACCAUUAU